AUGGCAGCUGCUCCCCUUGAACCACCAGGUCUGGGAAGAGUAAAAGUUCCUGACUUCGAUAACUCAGAUCUGGUGGAGAAACACUCGUUGACACUGAUUGGCAGAGUGACAAAUCCAAAGAUCCAGCAGAUGUGGUUCCUUAUCUCAUUCUUCAGCGAGCAUUGGAAGACAAGCUCACCCGCAAUAGGCGCAGACUUGGGACAAGGAAAGUUUCAGUUCCAGUUUUCUACAGCUGCAGACAUGCAAAUGGUUAUGAAUAACAGACCUUACCACUUUGCACACUGGAUGCUCAUUCUUCAGCAGUGGGAACAUACCGUCUCAACAACUUGCCCAUCUCAGAUCCCGUUCUGGAUUAAAAUCCAAGAUGUACUGGUGCAUCUUUGGAACGAAGCCAUGCUGAGGAGCAUUGGAGAAGAUCUGGGAGUCUUUGAAUGCAAUAACAGACCUUACCACUUUGCACACUGGAUGCUCAUUCUUCAGCAGUGGGAACAUACCGUCUCAACAACUUGCCCAUCUCAGAUCCCGUUCUGGAUUAAAAUCCAAGAUGUACUGGUGCAUCUUUGGAACGAAGCCAUGCUGAGGAGCAUUGGAGAAGAUCUGGGAGUCUUUGAAUGCUGGGAAAUAACAAAAACCCACGCAAAAAUGAAAGUCCAAGUUAAUGGACUCCUCCCUCCCCCUAAAACCUAUACUCUGGAGUUUGCUAACGGGGAUGAAGUACUAGCAACCCUAAACUACGAGAAAUUGGAAAAACACUGUAUUAAGUGUGGAAUGCUAGAUCAUGACGAAAGUGAAUGUCCCGAGCUCUUACCAGUGGUGAUGGAAAGUCAAGGUCUGCCCCCAUUACCGCCAAACCGUAGAGAAGGACUCGUUCAAUGA